AUGAAGAUAGGACGACGCAGCCUCCUCAAGGGAACGGCUAUCGCAGGGGCCGCCGUGGCAGCCGCCGCGGCAUCGAGCUUCCCCGCACCCGCGAUCUCGCAGGGCACGAGGCAACUGAAGAUGGUCACGACGUGGCCGAAGAACUUCCCCGGCCUCGGGACCGGCGCGCAGCGUCUCGCCGACCGCAUCACCAGCGGGACCGAGGGCCGCAUCGAGGUCAAGCUCUUCGCUGCCGGCGAGCUGGUACCAGCCUUCGAAUCCUUCGACGCCGUCUCCCAGGGGACUGCGGACAUGUACCACGCCGCAGAGUAUUACUGGCAGGGCAAGUCCAAGGCCUUCAACUUCUUCGCCACCGUUCCCUUCGGGCUGACGGCGAGCGAGGUCGACGCCUGGAUCUACCAUGCGGGCGGCCAGGAGCUCUGGGACGAACUCGGGGCUGACUUCAACCUGAAGCCACUGAUGGCCGGGAACACGGGCGUCCAGUGGGGCGGCUGGUUCAACAAGGAGAUGAACUCGGUCGAGGACUUCAAGGGCCUCAAGAUGCGCAUGCCGGGCCUCGGCGGCGAGGUCCUGCGCCGCGUCGGCGCGACCGCCAUCGCCCUGCCCGGCGGUGAGAUCUUCCCGGCGCUGCAGUCGGGCACGAUCGACGCCACCGAAUGGGUGGGGCCGUGGAACGACCUCGCCUUCGGGUUCUACAAGAUCACCAAGUACUACUACUGGCCCGGCUUCCACGAGCCCGGCACGGUCCUGAGCUUCGGCAUCAACAAGGAAGUGUGGGAAAGCCUCAGCGCCUCGGAUCAGAGCCUGUUCCAGACCGCUGCCGCCGCCGAGAACAGCUACGUCCUGGCCGAGUUCAACGCGCGCAACAGCGACGCGCUGGAGACGCUCAUCAACGAGCAUGGCGUUCAGGUGCGGCGCGUGUCGGACGAGAUGCUGAACGCGCUCGGCGAGGCGUCCGGUCAGGUGGUGGCCGAGGUCGGCGCCGAAGGCGGCCUCACACAGCGCGUCUUCGAGAGCUUGAUCGCCUUCCGCAAGAAGGCGCUCGCCUACGACAAGCUCUCGAACCUGGCUUACGGGAACGCGAGGCUUCUUCCGUUCUCCUACGGCAGCUAG